AUGAGCCCGCUUCCUUCUCGACCACCGGCGCAUGCUCUCUCCGAACACGGUGGCCUGCGGAAUGAACAGCGCAAGCACCCCCCCCCCCCCCCGUUAUCUCAGAACCGCACCGAAACCGCCCGUACGUCCGAUAACCUCCCCUCUACAGCUCGCGCGCCACGCGGUCCUCUCAAAGAUCGGCGGUGGAAACCGCCUCCUCUCCAUGAGCGGCACAGCAGCGCGCAGGGACACACGCACGGGAAGUGCUUACGCCUCGAACAGCCUUUCCACAGGGCAUCACAUCCAUUCAGGUCCCCAGCACGCCUGGCGCCCAGACCACCGGGCCUGGCGUGCACCCGGCGGGCCCUCGCCAGCAGUCGCCAGCCUCGCGAUCGCGACUCCGCCGCGAGUCCGUCCCCGACGAACCCCAGUGAAGACCCCAGCGACGCAGCUUCGACCCACCGCCGAGCCGCAUCGACGCCGCAGUCUGUGACCUACGCGCACCCUAUCGAACAGCAGCGCCUGCGCAGCGCCGCUGUCCCCCUCGGUGCGCGCGGCGUUCCGCGCUCGAAGCUCGGGUGCUCCGCCCCCCGCACGCGUGCGCACCGCGCCCCCCCUGGUCCCGCAUCCCCGUCGACCGUGCGCCCGCCGCGCCAGUGCUCGACGCCGAAGGGGCCACCGCGGCCGACGAGCGAGCUUUUAGCGCCAUGA